AUGAACAGGCGGAUGUGGGGGGCCUGCAUUCUCUGCUUGCUCAGCCCAGUACCAGUUGGGGUGCUGGGCCAGGUGCACCCGGAAUGUGACUUCGUCACCCUGCUGAGAGAGGAUGAGCGCGCAUGUCUACAGGAGGCAGAGGGGGUGCCCAACACCACCCUGGGCUGCCCCAGGAUCUGGGAUGGGCUGCUGUGCUGGCCGAUGGCAGGCUCCAGAGAGUGGGUCACCCUCCCCUGCCCGGAUUUCUUCUCUCACUUUAGUUCGGAGCCAGGCGUUGUGACGAGGGACUGCACCAUCUCUGGCUGGUCGGAGCCCUUCCCGCCCUACCCUGUGGCCUGCCCUGUUCCCCUGGACCUGCUGGCUGAGGAGAAAUCUUACUUCGCCACAGUGAAGAUCGUCUACACCUUGGGCCACAGCAUCUCCACUGCGGUCCUCUUCCUGGCCAUCGUUAUCCUGGUUGCUCUCAGGAGGCUCCACUGCCCUCGGAAUUACAUCCACACCCAGCUGUUCACCACCUUCAUCCUCAAGGCGGUAGCCGUGUUCCUGAAGGACGCCGCCCUCUUCCACAGUGACAGCACUGACCACUGCAGCUUCUCCACUGUUCUGUGCAAGGUCUCUGUGGCUGCCUCCCAUUUCGCCGCCAUGACCAACUUCAGCUGGCUGUUGGCGGAAGCCGCCUACCUGACCUGCCUCCUGGCCUCCACUUCCCCCUGCUCAAGGAGAGCCUUCUGGGGCCUUGUUCUUGCUGGCUGGGGGCUUCCCCUGCUCUUCACUGGCACGUGGGUGUGCUGCAAGCUGGCCUUCGAGGACACUGCGUGUUGGGACGUGGACAACAGUUCCCCCUACUGGUGGAUCAUCAAAGGGCCCAUCGUCCUCUCUGUUGGGGUGAACUUUGGGCUUUUUCUCAAUAUUAUCCGUAUCCUGCUGAGGAAACUGGAGCCAGCUCAGGGCAGCCUCCACGCCCAGUCUCAGUAUUGGCGUCUCUCCAAGUCAACGCUUUUCCUCAUCCCGCUGUUUGGAGUUCACUACAUCAUCUUCAACUUCCUGCCGGACAGCGCUGGCCUGGGCAUCCGCCUGCCCCUGGAGCUGGGGCUGGGCUCCUUCCAGGGCUUCAUCGUUGCCCUCCUUUACUGCUUCCUCAACCAAGAGGUGAGGACUGAGAUCUCACGGCAGUGGCACGGCCACGACCCUGAGCUUCUGCCUUCCCGGAGACCCCGCGCUCCGUGGGCCGUGCCUUCCCGCGCGGGGACGAAGGUGCUGACGUCUACGUGCUAA